AUGGUACCACCUGUGACUCAACCAAAAGGACAAGCAAAUGUCAUCGCAUCUGUAACUGCUAUCAAAGUGGCUUCAUUGACCACGCAGUUAGCCGUCGCUAAUGAAUUUACUUUGAACGAUCGACAAAAGUUAGCUUUUAUGAUCAUAACCGGUCAUCUUGAUGGCGACAGUCGAUUUCGCAUAGGUAUAUCACAUAAUUUUAUAUAUGCAAUUUUAAUUUUGCUUGUCACAGAUAAUGAUGAUAAUCAACUACUUAUGUGUGUACCUGGCUGUGGCGGUACGGGGAAGUCUCAACUUAUUCGAGCUAUCACCAAAUACUUUGAAGUAACAAAACGUCUCAAAAUGCUUCGUAAACUGGCACCAACAUCUAUUGCAGCAGCAGAAAUUGACGGAUUAACCAUUCAUUCAUUUCUAGGAGAGAGUCAUAAAGUUCCUAAAAAGCAACGAUCACGAACAUUCAAACCGGGAGAUAUGAAAUUAGAAACUCAAUGGCGACACGUGAAAUAUCUAAUAAUUGAUGAAAUGAGUAUGUGUGUUCUUGUACAAUCAAUGACACAUAGUGUUCAUAAUCGCGUUACUCUUACACUUAUCUAUGCAUGA